GUCACGUAUCGCACGUACACCACGGAAAAGGACCGUCGAUGGAUUGAACCGAUCGACAAUGCAGGGCGAAAAGCAGACGAUGCCGCCGUCGUCGUCGCGCGACGCCGCAGACCUAAUCAGCGGCCUGGAUGAUGACCUCCUCCUCCACGUCCUGUGCUUCAUGCCCGAAGCACGCGACGUCGCACGCACGUCCGCGCUCUCGAGGCGGUGGCGCGACAUCUCGACGCGCGCCCCCGUCCUCCACUUCUGCGUCGGGCAAGGUGGCGGCAGUACCACGAAGAAGAGUAGUAAGAAGAACAAGAAGAAGAAGAAAAAGGAGAAGGAGGAUGGCCACAUGCGGUACAACGAAUUUAUACACAACGUCCUCGCGCGACGAGCCAAUAGCGACGCCUACAUCGACACGCUCGAUUUGAGCAGCUGGCUCUGGCCCGGCGAUUCGCAAGCAGACGUGUGGCUCCGCCAUGCCAAGCAGAUCGUGGUUGGUUCCAUGAAAUUCCACGUGCGCGCACCGUCGACGAUCAAUCUGACGGGACGAGCGGUCGAGAAAAAGCCAAAGCCCAGGCUGCAGCUGCCUCGCUCCACGAGGGCGACAAGGAUGUCACUGGAGUUGUACUAUGGCUUCCUUCUGCUCCCGCCGACGGUAGAGUUUCACGCGCUAACCGACCUCACUCUCCGCACCAUAAAAUUCAUCGACGGCGACGACGACCGUCUCGGCAGCCUGCUAUCGUCCUCCUUGUGCUGCCCGAGGCUGCGAAAGCUAACACUCCAUAACCUGUCCGGGCUGGAGGAGCUUCAGCUCAAUGGCAGCACGCUGGAGAUCUUGGAUCUGGAUGACCUCUCCGUGAGACGAUUGGUUGUCGACGCCCCACGGCUCUCGGCGCUCCGCCUCGGGUUCCACUUCAUGGAGUACGACGACGAAGACGAGCACACCAGCCUCACCGUCCGAGCACCGGCACUGCAGACACCGAAUUCCUCCAUACAGCUCGGCUAUUGCCAGACACCGAAAACUACUGCAAGAGUGUAGCCCCAGCGUUCGUCACCCCAUGUACAUACCAGGUCCAGAGGGGCAAACCGAAAAAGAGCUAGAGGAUGAAAUAACAGCGAUGCCCCAAUUCCCCGGCAUCACAAAUCUGACGGUAAGAUUUUAUUCAAAAAAAGGCAGCCACUUCCGAGCAAUUGCGACCGGUCUCCUACAGCGAUGCAGCAAUCUCCGCUAUCUCCACCUAGACGUUCACCUGGAUGGUCAAAGUGAGAAGGGCUACAACACCGGCGGCCUCUCCAGGUGUUGGAAACAUGGUGUGGUCUCGUUGAAGUACCUGCGUGAGGUGGAGUUCAGCGGCUUCUCGGGGCAGGGAUACUGCUUCGACUUGGUGCUGCUGCUGCUCGUGAGCGCUCCGACGUUGGAGAGGAUGCUCUUGACUACGCAGGCACCUGAAGAAGGCUGCCGGCGCCCAACAAUUGACUUGUCAUCAUUGGAGUCGAGGCUUCCACCCAGCACGGGGAAGUGGACCGCUCGCCUAGCUUUUAAUGUGGCAGCGCUGGAGUGGACGCCAGAUUCGUCGAUGCCCGAGGUCGGAGCAGGAGAUGCAUGAACUACAAGCUUGUAACUUUCUAGUAAACAUUUUUACAUGCAAUGUGAACUAAAAUAAUGGAUGCAUGUGAAAUAUAUAAUAAGCAAAAGUUGUAAAUAAGUUUGAAAUUUUCGAUUCGAAAUUUUUCACACCUAAGGUGGCGAGGUCGGUGCUCCAAAUAAAGGUUAGUGAUUUGGAAUUUU